AUGCAUUUUCUCAGUCGAGUCAGAACAGUCCUUCGAAAAGGCAAACGGGACUCGGUGUCAGCCGGGUCUAAAGCUUCACCGUGGAAGCGGCUUCCAUCCCAUGUCUUUGUUAACAUCCUAGCCUCCUGUGACCUGAAGGAUAUCGGCUCUUUGUCUCUUUCCUGUCGAGCACUCCAUGACCGGGUUUCCAAGCUGGAAUACGCCAUAGCAUGGGCAUAUAUUCAACUCCGAAAGCAGACACAUCACCAAAGGCAUUGUAUUGACGAAGGCCUGUCGCCAGGCGAUGAUAUUGCCUUUAUCUCCGAGCUAUUUCCUCCCCCACCUCCAGAGUACAGCACAGGCAUGCCUCAUGACAACGCGGAAUACUCUCUGGGAUAUCUCGGCGAUUUAAAACGAUGCUGGAAUACUUGCAUCCGACUCUCCCAUCACUUGGCUGCUCAUGUAGUUGAACAUCAUCUGGAGACUGAUACAAUUGCUCAGCCUUUGUGGUCAUCUUCCAAGACAGAGAAAGAAGUUGUCUAUAGCAAAGCUGUAGCUUCGCUCCAAGCCAAGCUUUUGUAUCCGAUAGCCUACGCGGUAUUCUUCCUAGAAUCAUCUGCAUCUUCUGACUCCGGCUCUGACCACUCGGGUCAUCACCACAAAAUUAUGGCCUGUUCCACGGAACGACAACAAACGAUUCUUCGAAAUGCGCCUUUUGACGAUACACUUAUAUUUCUGUCGACCCACCACUGCAUGCAGCUUCUUUUUUCGACGGUCCAGCGCUUGAUGGGACCGGAAAUUCCCCACUCCACCGCCGAAAGCUGGUUUAGUCUCCUUCUUACCACCUCAACCAUGGAGAGAAUCCUUGAAUUCUUUAUCUCUAUCUCGAAGGAUGACCAAAGAAAACAAAAGGGCGAGCAUGAUUCUACGUGGUCUCAUAGAAAGGAGUUUCUAUGGGCGAUGCGACAAGACUUGAACGAGUACACGGCAUCUUUCAGUGAUCAUAGCGAACAAACAUCCCUCGACCCAAAGCUUAACCAUGUAUGGUUCCAAGCAGCUCAAAAUGAGAUGGAUGAACGAGGUGCUAUUCCGCAUACCGUUGAGGAUUCAGAAGUGCACGUUCUCCACGGGUCUGUUGUGAAGUUAGAAUGUGCCCAGUCCAGUCCGCCAUGUUACGCCUUUGGCAAACGCAUAGAAGAGCCAGGGCGGAGCCAGGAAGAAUGGCAACAGCUCCGAGCAGAGCGGAAGAAACUGAACACUCAGUCAUCGGAAGGGGAUGAGACGAUUCAAGGUGGCCUGGAGAAAGAUAGUGAGAGGUGGGAACAAGAUGAGCCAACAGAUAACCCUGUCCCAAGAGAAGAACUCCAGCGGGCUGAGCCAUCGGAUGAAGAUAAGCCAAUGGCCAGUGGCCUGGAGGAGAAGAGUGAGGACAGGCAGCACGACAAGCCACCAGUUGGUGAUGAUUCUAAAUGA